AUCCAAAAUGUGCGAGAAUCUUUAUGGAGAGGAGUACAAAAUGGAGAUCCUUCGACUCCAAAAAAUGAUGAAUAAUAUGACUUGCGGACAGAUGGCAAAACCCUUGACAAUGAAGGAUUUUCAAAUUCAUCAGGCUCUUGGAAAAGGCGCCUAUGGAAAUGUGUACCGUGUUCGAAGCCUUCAUGAUGGAAAAGACUAUGCACUCAAGCAAAUCAUGAUUUCUUCGAAAAACGAGGGAAUCCCGCAAAGUGUGCUUCGCGAAAUAACAGUGAUGAAGCAUCUGGCACGAAAAGCUCAUCCGAACAUCAUCUCCUUAAAGUCUGUUUUUCAUCAACUUGACCCCGUGAGAGCAAUUCUCAAGAUAAAUAUGAUAAUGGAAAGGUGUGAUUGGGAUUUGCACACGUUCCUGCGCAAUAUUCCACGCGGAGUUCCGGAGCAACAAGCAAAACAUGUCACUGCACAAAUUGUUCGAGCACUGGAUUUUCUUCACACACACAGUAUCAUUCAUCGGGAUUUGAAGCCUCAGAAUAUUCUACUCAACAGAGAUCAAACCGUGAAAUUGGCUGAUUUUGGAUUGUCAAAAGAGUACUCAAAUACAACGGCUUUCACAACAUUAGUUGUCACUCUUUGGUAUCGAUCACCGGAAGUUCUUCUUCAAUCCUACUACAACAGUACAGUUGACAUGUGGGCUCUCGGGUGCAUUGUAUCGGAAAUUUACUGCCGACAGCCACUUUUUGUAGGCCAAAACGAGGCUGAGCAGUUGACAGACAUUUUCAAGAAAAUGGGCACCCCAGUUGGCAAGGAUUGGCCGAGUGAAUCUGUCAUCGCCCGAGACUCAUUCCCACAAUAUCGCCCGACCAACCUCAAGGAUCUGAGCCCGCAGAUGUCAAAACAGGCAAUCGAGUUUGUGCAACAGUGCCUGAGAUAUGAUCAUUCGAAGCGACUUUCUGCUCGUGGAGCAUUGAGCCAUCCGUUCUUGAAGCCUGCGGUGGCAACAAAAUCUCGUGUUCUCAAGCAAAUCAACUUCAACAAGUGAAACCAGAUAUUCAUUUUUUUUUGUAUUUUUCCAUUUUGACUUAUUCAUUUUUUUUUUCAAUGUUAUGACACUUUCUCCACGUGUAUAUAUCUUUGUGUGCUGCUGCGCUGUUUUAUUUUUAGUGUGAUCUCUUAAAUGUUGUGAAUUCCUGACAAUGAUUCUUUCAUAUUUUUUUAAAAUAAAGUUUUUUAGAUA